AUGCCCGAACCAUGCCGGACCAGCCAGAUGAAUGGCGGUGAUGAAAACUGUCCCCCAGCCGGAGUUGCAAGGCGAAACAAUAUAACCCUUGAAAACGGAAAACAAUCAAAGGAUGCAGCCGAUAUAAUAGAACCACCGUCCCUAACGUCACUUUCGACAGUGACAUACAAUCUGCAUAAUCAAAUAACAGCAUUCCUCGCUGAACAACAUGACCCUUCGUCACUGCUCUACCGCGUUCAGCAGCAAACCCACAUCUCUCUAGGGGUCAUCCGCGAAUCCCUAUCACGAUACACCAUACACGAGCUCGCUCUCUCCUACAACGGCGGAAAGGACUGUCUUGUUCUCCUCCUACUCUUCCUCGCGAGCCUACACUCACACUACGCCUCGACCAGUCCAUCGUCCGCUUCUUCCACCGCCACAACCGAUACCAACGAGCCAUCGAACACCCCUACUUCCCAUCCAACAUCCAUUCCAGCAAUAUACGCUCAACCAAAACACCCUUUCCCUUCUGUCGAGAAAUUCGUCACUCAAUCCUCCCAGGCCUACCACCUAAAGCUAUCUCGCCACUCAACCGACCCUCCACACUCAACAAUCCGCUCCACUUUCGCUGACUAUCUAUCUUCCAACCCCCAGAUACGAGCUAUAUUUGUUGGAACGCGGCGUACCGAUCCGCAUGGUGGCAACUUGACGCAUUUCGACCGUACGGAUCACGGGUGGCCGGAUUUCAUGCGCAUUCACCCUGUGAUUGAUUGGCAUUAUGUGGAGAUUUGGGCGUUUAUUAAGCAUUUAGGGGUAGAAUAUUGUCCGCUUUAUGAUCAGGGAUAUACAAGUUUAGGAGGGACGAAUGAUACGCAUCCGAACCCAAAGUUGAAGCUAGGGAAGUCGAUAGAGGCCGGCGGUGAGGUUGGGGAGAAGAAAAACGCCUAUAGACCGGCUUACGAGCUUAUAGAGGAUGAAGAGGAGCGAUUAGGGAGGGAUUGA